CCCAAAAAUACUUCUUACAGGAAGCUUGCAGUAGCACUGAACUAACCCUGGUCUGACCCCAUUUAUUAGACUGCCAAUCCCGCAUGCUACACCCUGUAAUUCAAUUGUUCGGCUGGUCGGCUCCCCCUGUAACACAAUACUUAAACCGACCUGUUUCGCGCCCACGGGCGACCAAAUUUCGUUUCCUGCAUGCUAUUAGGUACUUAAGGUUUAGUGGACUCCACGUUCCGUUCCCGCCUGGACGAUCGGCUAAAAUAGCAGCCACUAGGUACAACGAAACGGUUUCCCGCCCUCCGGGUUGCGUACGCAAACACCUAAAUUGGUUGUAUCGCAUUCUUCUCCAUUCCCGUUCUGGAAUUUCACCCAUCGUCAUUCGGUUUUCGAUUCGACCAGCUUGCCCCGCCAAAAAAAAAGAAAAGGCGAAUACUUCCGUUCCGUUCCCUUCUUGCAUCCACCGUUGCGAAUACAGGUUAUUCUCGAUCGUAAUCGGUUUUCCCUAAUCUUUACUUUCCACAUGCUCAGAUUUACCGACUGUGGACGACGGCGAGCUGGGCAGGUCCCGUCACAUGCAUUGUGCAGUUCGGUAUGGCAUCCUUGAGCGCUCGCCCCGGACGGCCUUUAUCCGCUGCGUCGUCCUUCGAAUUACAAAAUGAAAAGGAUCGGCUUGGUAGCUUCGAGGGAAUAGACAAUGACCGCGGCUCUCAGCACACCGUAGUGGAGGAGGGUAAUAUCAGAGACGUUGAAGAAGGUACAAGGUUAGAGAAGGCGGCCGGUAGCCAGACCACUCGGAAUUCGUCUAAGAGUAGCUUCGGAUGGGCUGUAUUCUGGAUCGUAGUCAAUACUUUAGCGACAAUAGGCAUUGUUUUCACGAACAAGGCCAUAUUUUCCGAUCCUUCGUUGAAGCUUGCGCAGCUCACCUUUGCUGCAUUUCACUUCUUUAUGACAUGGCUGCUUCUAUUUACACUGUCGCGACCUCGAUUCGCGUACUUCGUACCGCGCCGUAUCGGUCUUCGAGAGAUAAUUCCUCUAUCACUGGCCAUGUCGCUUAAUGUCAUCCUACCGAAUCUCUCAUUAGCAUUCUCUACCGUUACUUUCUACCAAGUCGCGCGGAUUUUACUCACUCCUACCGUCGCAACUAUGGACUUCGUUUUAUACAAGUCUAUUCUACCUCGAAAUGCAAUUCUAGCACUUAUCCCUGCCUGCUUGGGAGUCGGUAUGGUCUCUUAUUAUGACUCGCUUCCGACGCAGGACGCUAGCGUCAAAACCACAUCAAGCUUGGGCGUUAUGUUUGCCUUCUGUGGCAUCUUCGCUUCGUCCCUCUAUACGGUAUGGAUCAAGAGUUAUCAGCGAAAGCUGCAAGUUUCGAGCAUGCAGCUACUUUUUAACCAAGCGCCUGUGUCAGCAUUCCUUCUACUUUACGCAAUCCCUUUCAUCGAUACCUUUCCUACUUGGACAGAAGUCCCCGUCGGCCGUUGGUUGAUGAUAUUAAUGUCUGGCGUGUUUGCUGCCUUAAUCAACCUAUCACAAUUCUUCAUAGUCGGCCAAACCGGCCCGGUCUCAAGCACGGUCGUCGGACACCUCAAAACAUGCCUCAUAGUUGCACUCGGCUGGGCUUCAUCUGGAAGAUCAGUUGGUGAUAAGUCGGUGAUAGGUGUCUUUAUUGCGAUAGCUGGAAUUAUCACGUAUUCGGCAGUAAUGCUACGACAGGCAACUCGAACUCACAAAUGAAGCUAGGAAGAAAUAAGGAAUGAUUUUGGAGUUUGGGGAAUUUGUACUAGAAGACGCCCAUGGCCAUUCCCGGGCAAAAUUGAUUCUACGGCAUAAUUCUAGGUGUUUUGGCUGCACCACAAGAGGUAUUAUUGGUGCGCCGUGGCUGUCGGCGUAAAUUGGGAGGCUUAGAAUUGCUUUUGCUAUUGGAACGAGAUAAAUGAAGAGGGGGGUGGCUGCUUCGGAAAGGCCCCAAGUUUGUGGGAUGUAUACUAUACCAUUGAUACCCAUUAUGCCUACAAGAGAUUCUUUCGAGCUGCGUAUCGACCGAAUGAUAUUUCUGA